AUGCGGCGGCCAAGAGGCCACGGCGGGGGCAGAGAAAAAAGCACAUCUACCUCGUCAUAUAUAGAAGAUUGGGAGAUGGGGUACAGCAUCCACAAGCUGGACAUCGACGACUUGGACUCUGACGCCCGCACCGCCAUCAGCAACAACAAGCAGCUGGGGUGCCUCCCCGAGCCCUGCGCCAUCCCCAUCGAGGCUUCGGUGGACGGGUACCCUGCAGAUGUAACCGCCAUCGGCAGCAAGAUCUUAUUCGUGACCGACCGGUUCAGCGACGAGGCACCGAUCCUCAUCUACGACACGGAGACGGCGUCGCUGGCCAUCGGGCCUCGCCCCACGCCCGCGCUGCGCCCCCUCGGGCACAUAUUCUUCGUGCCCGUGGACGAGCGGCUUUACGCGCUCAACCCGCGCCGUGAAGAUCAUCUGCAGUGCUCCUUCGAGGUGAUUUCACGGGGGCCUCGCGACGAGGAGGACGAGUUCCGGCUGUCGAGCGGUGGUGCCACGCUCACGUACAUGGGCGACGCCAGGUUCUGCCUUGUCGAGUGCGCGGCCCGCCAAGGCGUCAGAUGGCGGGACGCCUCGGACGGUGAAGUCGACGGCUGUGUCCUACAUGUCACCAUAUUCGGCGUCAAGUAUGACAAGAGGGGCGACCUACAAACUACGGAUCACCGUGGACGUUCGUACCUUGUCUCUAGGUAUGGUCCCGUGUUUGCAGCGCAGACGUUCUGGAUGUAA